CCAGCGAGUACUGGUGACUAAGCGACCCGCCAGACGCGCCACAACAACAACAACCUCGCGGACGCCGCCAACGGCAUAAAGAAGCUCAUUACAAGUGUGGGGAUAUAUUGAGCCCGAUACAGAGUGGAUGGGACGGAUUGUUCAGCUUGCAUGAGAUCAGUAGCCACCGCACUGAACGAAAACCACUCGUUGCUGAGGAGAGGAAUUUGACGUUUCAAGAGAUAUACUACAAGAAGGGGUAAAAACUGACAAAAAGUGAUCAUAAGAAAUGAAUAAGAAAUGGUGGAAAACAAAGAAAGGAUAAUUACAGAGGAGGAGGAGGAAUAGCACUAGUAGGAAAAGGAAGAUGCAGAUGUGGAGAUGAAGGACAGUAAAUGUGACGGUGACAUGACUAACCGAAGCAAAGGUGAGAAAAGUGAAGAGGACAAGCCAGAGAAAAUGGAGGCAGAGGAAGAUGGUAUGCAGGAGGAUGAAGAGAGACAUGAGAAACCGAAGGUGGAAGGUGGCUCUUGUGCACCAGACACCAAACACAUUAACACAGUUACAAAAGAUGAUGCAAAGGAAGAAGCUCAAGAAAAAAUAGAACUUGCUACAAGUGAAGGUAAUGAUGAAGCAUUAAAGAGUGUAGAAAAGACUGAUGAGGAAAUGUGCUGUGAGAAAACAAACAAUGGUGACAAGCAAGAGAAGAAACAAGAUGAAAAACAGGCAAAUGGUGAGAACACGAUGAUGAAGGGGAAGGAGGAAGAGAUUAAUGUUAAUGAAGUGGAAGCACAAGUUCAUAUUGAUAAAACUGGAGAAAACGAAAGUAAUGAUAAUAUUACCAAAGGUAUAGAUCAUUUUGAAGAGAAAUAUGAGUCAAAAAUUGUCAAUAAAGAGAAUAAAGAUGAAUGCAAGAGUAAUAAUUCAGAGAAAUUGGAGGAUAAAAAUGGAAGUUGCAGUCAAAAGGAUAAAAAGUGUGGGUCGGCUCUGCUGAGUCUGCAGCAGAUGGAUGAAGCCAUGGCAAAGUGUGGCAGUAGUUUGACCUAUGAUAACCUGGUUUCCAGUGAGCCAACUUUUACGCAGCUGCUUGCUCAGUCAGCUGCAAAUCCUAUUAAGUGGCCCAAGGACCAAAUGCUGCAGAAUAGAAAUGAACAUCUCAUGUAUGCUGCGGAGCAUAAAAAGUGGCCAGUCGGCAUUGAUUACCAAAGUAGUGAACAAGAAAGUAAAUCCAGUGCCCUCCCUCAAGCCACCAGCAGUGCCUCAUCACCUCACACAUCAAAUUCAUCCGACCCUUUGGAUUCUGAGCGCAGGAAACGGCGCCAGUUGGAGGCAGCAGAGGCAGAGCGACAGCGCAUUCAGGCUUUGUUGCAUCCUAACCUUCAGUACACGUUAGGACUGAAUAAAAGUUCUUCCAGUGCUGCUGCUGCUGCCGCCGCUGCUGCUGCCUUGAAUUUCCCUCCAAGCUUCACUAAUGCCAGUCUUAGAUCACUUAUGGAACAGACUGAUGAAAGGGGUAAAAGAGCCCAGCAGCAGCUGGCUGUAGACUCUCAUGCAUUGCAGCAGCUUCAGGCUCUUCAAGGAACAUUAGACUUAACUAUCAAACCUGUUAACCCUGGCCAUAAUGCUAUGGAUGUCGCUGCCAGUUAUUUGUCUCCUUGGGGCACAUGCUGGCCUACGCUGGAUGAUCCCAUGAGAAUGAUGGACAAGAGACAUCUUAGUGAAUCCCCCUUAGAUUCUAGACCUCAAGAUAAGAAACGCAGAAAACUGGAUGAAAUUGUAUUUGGGCUUUCAUCUAAGGGUAAGAGUCCUGAUAACUUUGGUUUGCCUCCUAAAGAUGCUAGCCCAGUGUCUCUUCGUGGAUCAUCAGUAACCUUAUUAAGUUCUCACGACAAAAGUCAGGUAACUAACACUGUGACAACACCUAAAUUAGCUUCUUGUAUUAGCAUCACUCCGACCAUAUCCAAACGGCCUGUCGACACACGGGUAGAAGACAGCGUAGGGGCAUCAAACAAGUUGAUGACAACAUCCAGCAACAAAGAUGGCAAACCUGGGUUAGUGAGACAAUCAGACUUGCCCCCAGGUGUGACGUUGCCGCCUGGAAUUGAGCUUUACCGACCAACUGAUGCUAAAGUGGAUAAGUGGUUGGAACAGCAUCAAGGUCUCUUGGCAGAUUCCUCAAGAACUUCCAAGGACAUGAAGAGAUGCAAGAUUGACUUCACAUCAAUGGACUGGAGUCAAUUUUCUGGUGAUGAGCAUGUCAGUGUUAUUAACACUACCACUGGACACAGGAUAAGUGGACAAGAAGCACCUAGGCUCAAGUACCUUGCCCAGUGGCUUAUGGAGCAUCCUAACUAUGAUGUUGAUCCUCAGUGGGCCGAUAUUGUGAAAGAUCGUAGCAGUAGUGCGGGUUUUCUCUCCGAUCUUCACAAGAAUUUAGCAAGUGCAGAAAAAAAGCACAAUGCCAGCCGAGCUUCUCUUAUUUCUUCAGUGCCCAGUUAUCUCCAUGGCAGUACUUAUUCUAGCAGCACCACUACAUCCCCUCAAUCCCUGGCCUCUGGCUCUAACACCACUACUACAUAUUCCUCGACUGCUGGAGGAAGCACUUGUGCUUUCCCUCCAUCAUAUCAUUCUUUCAGAGGCUUGCCAUUUGAUUCCAAGAGUCUUCUUCAGGGGCUGGACCCUAAGAGGCCCUUCACUGCUGCAGCUCUUGCUGGAUUGGAUCCAAAACUCUUGGGAUUUGAUCCUAAACUGCUAGGGAGCCUCGAUCCAAAAGCUCUUGGUCUAGACCCAAAGCUGCUACCUCCGUUAGAUCCAAAAUUAUUAGCAGCUAUGGGCCUAGACCUUAAAAUUUUGGGGCUAGACACGAAGCAUCAUGAAACAAAACAUCAUGAAAAAGAGAGCAAAGCAUCAUCUUCACGAAGCUCGGACUCUAAGUCCUCAUUGUUUAACAUUGAUCCCAAAUUACUAGGUUUUGACCCUAAAUUGCUAGCAGGAUUAGAUCACAAAACUUUAGCUUCACUUGAUCCCAAGUUACUUGCAAGUCUGAGUGGAUUAGACCCUAAAACUCUGGCAGGACUAGAUCCCAGAAUUCUGGGUGGACUUGAUCCUAAGUUCCUCACUGGACAUGACCCUAAAUUAUUAGCUGGCCAUGAUCCCAAGCUAUUCGGUGGCCUUGACCCUAGAUCACUAGGUGGAUUAGAUCCUAAAUUGUUAGGUAGUCUGGAUCCCAAAUUGUUAGGUGGUUUAGAUCCUAAAUUAUUUGGGGGUCUCGAUCCAAAAUUAUUGGGUGGUCUUGAUCCAAGAUUAUUAGGUGGUCUCGAUCCAAAAUUAUUGGCAGGACUUGAUCCAAAAAUGAUGUAUCUAGAUCCAAAGAUGCUCGGUUUGGAUCCCAUGAUGUUUGGUGGUAUUGACCCAAAAUUAUUGGGAGGCUUGGAUCCGAAGCUCCUAGGAGGAUUAGAUCCCAAGGCUCUUGGUGGUCUUGAUUCCAAGCUGUUGGCAAGUAUGGGUAUGGACCCAAGCAUGAUGAUGAUGGCAGGCUUUGGUGGUUUACCAGGUAUGGCUGGAUUAGGAAUGGCAAAUCCUCUGUUAGGUGGAUUGGCUGGAUUUGGUAUUCCAGGCUUAGCAAAUCUGAAUGAUUUCCCAUCAACCUCCAAGAAUAAAGACCAUAGAAAUGCAGCCAGUUCAGCAGCUAAUUUGUCAUUCCCAGGAAUGUUUCCUGGUGCAAGCACAGCUGGGCUGAUGUACCCACCUCUUGGCCUGGGUGGUUUAAGUUCCUUCCAGUUACCCUCCAUAUCUUCAGCUGCAUCUACUGCUCUCCUUAAUGGUCUACCUGCAAGCAUAAUGUCCAUGGCAGGGACCUCACGUCACAUGAAUCAGGCUUCUACAACCAUCAGCAGCAGUAGCAAGUGGAAACAAGAUCAGCGUAGAACUCGAGAGUCGAGGGAAGAGCACCGCAGGAUGGAAAGAUUGGAUCCUACAGAUGAGAUUGAACGAGGUAUGAAUAUACGAAAAGAAAAAUUGAAAGAGCAGACUGGGCUCUCAAAGCAAGAACUGUAUUUUUUAAAACAAAUGAAAGCAGAGCGGUUAGCCCGGGAGAUAGAAGCUCGGGGAACUCAUGAUCCUUAUGCAGAAGCUCGUGGUAGCCAUGAUCAUUAUGCAGAUACUCGGGGAAGUCAUGAUCCAUACACAGAAGCUCGAGGAAGUCAUGAUCCAUAUGCUGAAGCUCGGGGAAGUCAUGAUCCAUAUGUAGAAGCUCGAGGAAACCAUGAUCCAUAUGCUGAAGCUCGGGGAAGUCACGAUCCAUAUGCAGAAGCUCGAGGAAGCCACGAUCCAUAUGCAGAAGCUCGAGGAAGUCACGAUCCAUAUGGAGAAACUCGUGGAAAUCAUGAUUCUUAUGCAGAUGCUCGGGGAAGUCAUGAUCCAUACGCCGCCCACUUGGAUUUGUCAUUACAUUGGAAUCAAGAAAGCCAUCGAAGUGAGAGGAUGCAAGAUGUCCCAGAGGAUUUGAGCCGUGAAUCUGAACCUGCCAAACAUGUACAAGGAGGAGAUGCUCAAAAUUUGAGCACAAAAGAAACCGAGAAUAGUGAAAAAAGUGGCACAAACUCUGAAGAGGAGGAGAAGUCUUAGUGCAGUGGUGUUAUGCUGCAAGUUGUGUUUGUAAGCACUAAUUUAACCAGUCUUCAAAGUAUCAAUUGUAUAAUUUUAAUGUAAACUUGAGACGAUAUUUUAGUUAAAGUGAAUGAAAGUGAAUUCCAUGUAUGCAAUUUGUAUGAGUGAAAUAAUACCACAAACCCCCACCUCCAGUUUUCCAUACUACUGCUCUUCAUAUAUCCACACAUCAAAUAUUCACUUUGACAUUUAACUGUGAUACUGACCUCAUUAUUUAUUCCAUAUUUUGUGCAAAAAUAUUAUAUCAGCUGUCUGACGGGAACACAUUUUCCUUGUAUGGUAAUUUUUAAUAGGCAGGGUUUGAAGAAGUGUGAAAGAAUGUUAACUUUCCCAUGGAUGCAGUGAAAACCUGCAUUAUUGCAGUGUAUGCUGGCUGGUACAGUGAAAGCUGCUUAUUGCAGUGUAUGCCAGCCGAAAUUGUGAAAGUUGCAUUAUUACAGGUGGCAUUCGUAUGCAGAUGAUAGUCACAGUAACGUGGUUAUUGUGACAUUAAUGCAUUAUUACAGUGUAUGUUAGUUGAUACAGUGAAAACUACAUUACUGCAGUGUGUGCCAGUUGAUACAGUGAAAACUACAUUAUUGUAGUGUAUGUUAGUGCAGUAAAAACUACAUUAUUGUAGUGUAUGUUAGUACAGUAAAAACUACAUUAUUGUAGUGUAUGUUAGUACAGUAAAAACUACAUUAUUGCAGUGUGUUCCAGUUGAUACAGUGAAAACUACAUUAUUGUAGUGUAUGUUGAUACAGUAAAAACUACAUUAUUGCAGUGUAUGUUAGUUGGUACUAUGAAAACCACGUUAUUACAGUGUAUGUUCGUUGAUACAGUGAAAACUACAUUAUUGCAGUGUAUGGUAGUUGAUACAGUGAAAACUACAUUAUUGUAGUGUGUGCCAGUUGAUAGUGAAAACUACAUUAUUGUAGUGUGUGCCAGUUGAUAAAGUGAAAACUACAUUUAUUGCAGUGUGUGCUGGGUGGUACAUUGAAAAUGCUGCAUUAUUGCAGACAAAUGAAUUAUUUUUGUUGCCUGCUACUGACGAACACAAAUAUUAGUGAUGUACUGUAUAUGGAUGUGAGUGUUCCAGGCUGUUGUGAGAGAGAUGUUCUGCUCCUGGUGUAUCAGUCAGGCAUGUGUGUGUGUAUCACCAUUCUAGAAGCAGCUUUAUAUUGUAUAAUUGCAAUUUCACACAUUGAACCUCUCAAAAGUGCUUUAGGAGUCAAGUACAAGAGUGUAGAGAUCUUUCCUUUCAUUAAAGUGUUAGAUCAUAAACUGGAAUCCCAUGUCUGUGUAUAUAUUAUUGUUAGGACUGAAUAUAAUUAUAAGCAAACUUUUUUUAAAAGUUAAAUGUAAACUAAAGUUCAUUAACAUUUAAGGCAACUU